AUGGGUUGCGGCACCUCCAAGGAAGCCGUGCUCAGCAGCGACGGCAGCGGCAGGUGCAGCAGUCGCAAGCUCUUCCGCCGCAAGUCCAGCGUCGUCGCCACCAAGGUCGACGGCGACGACCAGGUCAGGAAGGCCCACAAGGCGGUGGCAAGGGCCCCGGCGCCGGAGAAGGCCGCCGCGGUCGCCGCGAAGGUCGUCGGGGGACCGAAGGCGGGGGAGGCCGAGAAUGGCGGUGGGGAAGUAGCGGCAGCGGUUGGCCCCGACGCCAAGGAGAAGGAGGUCGCAGGCGGGAAGAAAGAGGAGGAGGAGGCUAAGAAUGUGACCAGGGAGGACGAAGUCGUUGCCGCCGAUGUUCAGAAGUACGAUGUGGCAUCAGUAACGGCCGAGAGCGUGUUCGUGGGCGAGGAGAAAGAAGGGGAUCGGGAUCAGAUCGGCAAUGGCGAGGCGUCGCCUUCGGUCGCGGCUGCCGUCGUUGGGGCGGAGGAGGAGAAGAAAGACGAGCCGGCCGUCGACGACGAAGAAGAAGAAUUAGAAGCUUCGUUACCGUCAGCCAAAGCCGAGGAAGAGGACAUCGACGGCGGUGUCGCCGCCGCCGCGGUUGCUCCCGUGCCCGUGGCCGCUGAAAGUGUCGCCUCCGGCGACGCCGAGGAGAAUGACGACGCUGGCAGUGCCUCCGCCUUCGUUCCUGAAUCGGUGACCGAGGAGGAGGCCGCCGGUGUCGCCAUCCUCGUGCCGCCGGCUGAUGCUUCCGUGCCCGCGCCGCCGCCGGCGUCGGCCAAGGAAGAGGAAGACAUUGUCUCCUUGGCGUCCGAUCCAGAGGUCGUCCAAAGCGUUUCCAUGGAAACGGCGGCGGCUCCGUCGGCCCAAGCGGUUGACGACGUUGUCACCACUACCCUCCCGCCGGCUGCCAUGGCCAACAAGGAUGAGGAAAUUACUGCCGCCUCCGUCGCUGCCCCGGUGGCCGAAACUGCUGCCGUGGCGACUGCUGCUCCGGUGGCCGAAACUGCCACCGUGGCGGCUGCUACUCCCGAGGCCAAGGAAGACGAAAGCAUCACCGUCGCAGUUGCUGAUCCGGUGGCAAAGGAAGGCGAAACCAUCACCGCCGCGGCGGUCCCCGUCGUCGACACGGCGCCUGCCCCGACCUCGACGGCGGCGGCCAAGGACGACGAAACCGUCACCGGCGCGGCUACUCCCUCGACCAACGAGGACGAGGAAAGCCUCGCAAUCCCGGUGCCUCCGGUGCCGGAGCCGGUGGAGGAGGCGGCGGGGGAGCAAGAGCAACCUACGCCUUCCGGGAACAACGUUGCGGAAGAUCCGACGGCGGAGCGGACUUCCGUCGAGCAGGUGGCGAGCGAAGCCAAGGAGGAGGCCCCGGUCGCCGUGGAGCAGGAAGAGGCCGCGAGCGUCUCCCAGGAGCCAGAGGAGGAGGAAAAUGAUGAGAAUGUCAAACAAGAAGCCGUAGCCGUUGUUGAUUCGACGAAGGAUGCCAUGAACGCCACCACCGAGGCGAUCAAAGGAGGGGAGGAUCAGGGGACGACCGCCGUCGACGAGGAGGAAGAAGAAGAAGCACCAGGCGCCGGCGCCGCUCCGAUCGAAUCGCCACCGUCGACUUAAAACUUGAAAAAGACAUUGACACUGGAUCAAAUGUGUGUUAAUUUCUGAGUGUGCGUGAAAUGUUGAGUUUGCUUUGCUCGGUUGAUUUCCUUUGUAUUGCGGCAUUGGACUGUGCUGCAUGUGCAUGCGUAGGUAAUCGAUCUGGCAAUCGUUCUCAUCUUCUGCAA